CGUCGUCGUCGUCGUCGUCGUCGCGCUGCGCGUGAAGGAACAAACAACGGCCGUCAGCUGUUCGCGUGCGAAGGACGAAUUCACGGAUUGUCGUCGACGCGGAACGGAGCGCCGUGAAAGCGAGCAGUGAAGGAACGAACGAGCAAACGAGCUCCAGCCAGCUGAAGUUAGUCGCGAGACGACGAGGGGCGGAACAAGUUGGUAGUGCGCGUGUGUGUUAAUCGGCGGUGGUCGUGCGAGUGUCCGCGUGCUAGCGUGAUCUCGACGGGGAAAAUGAUGGCGUAAACCUCGUCGUGCUCCGGAAACGACGGAGAGAGAAAGAAAGAGAACGAGAGAAGAGGCGGAGGAGGAGAAGGGAGAAAGAGAGAGAGAGAGAGAGAUAGAAGAGACGCGCGCCGCGUUCAUAUUCAUCCGUGGCGGCCGUCGUGUCGAGCGCAGCAGCCGAUCGUCCGUGUCCUCCGUCGUCCACGUCGAUUACACAUCGUCGUCGCCCGCGAGCGAGCGGAGCGUGACGCGCGGAGCAAUUCGCGUUCUUCGUCAUCAUCGUCCUUUCCGUCGUGCGAUCGAGACAUCGUGCGCGGUGGUGUGUGCAGUGUUGGAAGGCAAGGAGAAAAACAAGUGUAAAGAGAAAAUAGUGCUAAGGAUUUAUAACGCGCGUCCUCUCGUCGUUCCCUCGUCGUUCCCUCGUCGAUCCUGUUGCUAGCGAUCGCGCCACGUCGCGUCACGCCGUUUGUUUUGUAUUUACGUGUUCGCGGAUACUCGCGAAGGUGGUGCCGAUCGACGCCAGGUAGCCAGCGCGGCGUGUCCUGACUGCAGCGAGGGAUUAUAGUGUUACGAUGAUCAGUGACACGUGCGGAUACGUUCUCUUCCUGCUGCUGCUGUUGCUGGUUCCCUACAUCGAGAGCGCUCGUCGGUUGAACGAGUACAUCCGCCACUACGAAACACUGUCAUAUCCCGUCGAGGAGGUCCAUCGAAGUCACCUGAGGGCGAAGAGGUCGAUCAAUCGCGACAGUACCGUGACGUUGAAGUUCCGCGCGCACGGCAGAGACUUCCACAUUCGAUUAAAGCGAGACUUGACCACUUUUAGUAACAAUCUAAUUAUUGAGGGAUCUACGGGAGAGAGGCAGUACGACAGCAUCUCCCACAUUUACCUGGGCAAUCUAGUCGGUGAGCCUGGUAGCCAUGUGUUCGGAAGUGUCAGUGAUGGAAUCUUCCAUGGGAAGAUAGUAUCACCGAAGAGUGGUGCGUGGUAUGUGGAAAGGGCGCAUUACUACUUUCCGCCGCACGAGAUAAACGAGACGUUGCAUUCUGUGAUCUAUCACGAGGAUGAUGUCGGUGAUCCGUAUGUGAACGUUCGACAAGGUGAUGGUGGUGGAUGUGGCAUUACUAAUAGUGAUGUGAUAGAAUGGAUGGAAAGAAUCCAGAAUUCCGCUUUACCGGAUGAACCGCCUAAGACGGGUGCACCGGCAAGCCAAAAAGAGCCGAAACCAAACGUCGCACCCUGGAACGGGGAUCGAGAGACUCCUGUUCACAAGUACAGCAGAGAGGCUAAUGAACCUAGUCAUCGCAGGUCACGAAGAGCGACCAGAUCGAAGGAGAAUAAUACCUGUUCACUCUUCAUACAAACGGAUCCUCUUAUAUGGAGGCAUAUCUCCGAACAGUUGCAUCAUGACGCGGAGAAAACUAGAGAGGAAAUAUUGUCCCUGAUCGCUCACCACGUCACCGCCGUGAAUUACAUCUAUAGGGACACGAAGUUCGAUGGCAGGACGGAGCAUAGAAACAUCAAGUUUGAGGUUCAACGAAUAAAGAUCGAUGACGAGACGGCGUGUACGCCUCAACAGCCGUACAGCGAACCAAAUCCGUUCUGCUUGGAGAACAUCGACGUCAGUAACUUCUUGAAUCUGCACUCCCUAUCGAAUCACGAGGACUUCUGCCUCGCCUACGUCUUCACCUAUAGGGACUUCACCGGAGGCACUCUCGGACUCGCCUGGGUUGCGUCCGCCUCAGGCGCGUCAGGUGGUAUUUGCGAGAAAUUCAAGACUUAUACCGAAACAGUGUCCGGCCUGUAUCAGUCCACUAAGAGAUCUCUGAAUACUGGCAUCAUAACUUUCGUGAAUUACAACAGCCGAGUGCCGCCCAAAGUAUCGCAGCUGACUCUGGCGCACGAGAUAGGCCAUAAUUUCGGAUCACCGCACGAUUUUCCGCCGGAAUGCAGACCGGGAGGCUUGGACGGUAAUUACAUUAUGUUCGCCUCAGCGACGAGCGGAAAUCGACCGAACAACAGCAAGUUUUCAAAGUGCAGCAUUGGCAAUAUCAGCAACGUCCUAGAUGCUAUCGAGGAUAAUAAAAAGAGGAACUGUUUCACUGGAGCAUUUUGCGGGAACAAGAUUGUGGAAGCUGGUGAGGAGUGCGAUUGUGGAUACGAUGACAACGAAUGCGUGGACAAGUGCUGCUAUCCUAGACAGGUGUCCGAACUGGAUAAAAUGAAGAAUGAUACGGCGAAAGGCUGUAGUAGGAAAUAUGGCACACAAUGCAGUCCUAGUCAAGGACCGUGCUGUUCGAGCGAAACGUGCCAGUUUGUGCCCCUCUCUCAUAGAGUUCAGUGUAGAGCUGAAUCGGACUGUAGUUACAAUUCUACCUGCAGCGGGAGAUCGUCCGAAUGUCCAGCGCCGCUACCGAAAGCAAACAAGACUAGAUGCAACGAGGGCACUCAAUUAUGCAUCAACGGGGAGUGCACCGGAUCCAUUUGUCUGGAGUGGAAUCUGACAGAGUGCUUUUUAACGAGCAGCAUUAUACCAAACAUCGACAAGCGAAAGCUUUGUGAAUUAGCCUGUCAAAAUGGCACUGAUGUAUCAACAUGUCGCGGUACGAGCGAGUUUGCGCACAUGGUAGGACUGCCCGAGGGUGGUAUGAGCCUCCGACCUGGUUCACCUUGCGACAAUUUUCAGGGUUACUGCGAUGUUUUCUUGAAAUGUCGUGCUGUCGAUACGGAAGGACCUCUUGCGAGGUUGAAAAAUCUGCUGUUCAACAAAGAAACUUUAUCAUCGGUAGCGCAAUGGAUAACUGAAUUUUGGUGGGCGGUGCUAUUGAUGGGUAUAGGUUUCAUCAUAUUUAUGGGAUUAUUUAUCAAGUGUUGCGCCGUGCACAUUCCUUCCACUAAUCCUAAAAAGCCGCCUGCAAGGCGCAUCAGUGAUACCUUAACAAGACCGAUGAAUACUCUUAGAAGAAUGCGACAUCCACACGGUGGAGGCGGGGCUGGGCCAAGAAGUAUACCCCCAAGACCAAGUCAAGGUGGACACGGAACACGUGGACCCUCUCACGGUUACGGAGAGGGUAGAGGUGCCCAGUAUUAUCCGAAAGCAGGCUAUCGCUCGGUUCCCACAGCUAGUGCGCCACCAAAUAGUGGGUCAGCAGACAACUACGGCCGUUCCAAUCACCCAGAGCUGUACGCCGGCGCCUAUUCGGGCUCCGGGAGAGGGGGGAGGGGCGCAGCCUAUGAGAUGAGGCAUCACAACAAGGUGUGACGAUCCUAGGACGUCGUCACGGACUAGGGCCACCAGUCGCGGCGUUGCAUCACGGGUCGUUGUGUGAAACGAUUGCCAAAUGCGAAGAGAAUCGAUCCAUGUCAUCUAAGGAGCGCGACGAUGUCUCAUAAUCGAGGUCGAAGCAAUAACGACGAGAUAUGCAACGCGAUAAUAUUGCAUGAUGAUCGAACAGAUUGAGAGGUCCGAUGAUAUGCACUUUUACCUUUGCGUUGAAUGCAUAUACCGUGCGAAAGUGCCGCACGUUACUUAUAGAUACGAAGAAAGUACGCAUCGGUGAUCAAAUUAAUCUCUCAUUUUGUAUCGAUUCGAUAAAUGUGAUUUUCUGCAGAGACUAACGCUGCGAACGGCGACCCGGAAGAUCAAAUUGACGAAAGUUACAAUAAUAAAGUAACGGUGUCUAUAUCUGAAAUCAUGAGUACUGAGAGUUUUAUAUAUGUAAUCUUUUUUAUGUAGUAUCAAUAUAUACGGAUCUUUCGCGUCGCCAUUCAAAGAACUCGUCGCAUGAUCAAAUUUUAGAACGCUUCGGAGAGCCUUCGCCAAUGUGAAGGUGAUAUUGUUAUAUGAUCAAAGUAAUUUAAAUCGAUGCAACUUGUGAUUCAUUUAUCGCUUUAGCGAUCGACGUUGUAUUCGCACAGCGACGAAUGCGGCGGUGUUAAAACGCGUCGCAUUUUCGCCCUUCGAACAUUAUAAGCAUUUAAGGCCAAGAUUGUAUGGUCUUUAUGUGACGGCGUCCUUCACGAGAUGUCGAUAUUCGUGCAUGUCGCUCUCGAAAGUUAAAUUAAGAGAUCUUUAUGAUUGAGAUCUCUAUUUGUUUGUUAGAGAUUAGAUACAAGUUUAGCGGGGAAUUGGCAAUAAGACAAUACGUCCUUUGGUGUAAACGGCAUAUAUAUACAUAUGUAAAUGAGUUUUCCAAAGGCAAUGUUUUAUUCGUAUUUCGCUUAUUGAUAAGUAUAACGAGCCAAAAAUUGUUUUUUUAUUCGAACAGAAGUUUUAUCGUGGAACGAUAAAGCGGAUUUAAUCUAAUUUUAAAGUUUGAUACAGCAGGCAACAUCACAAUAUUAUCUGGUAGAGAAAAAACUGAAACUGUUGUAUAAAAUUUUAUUCUACGUAUUUUUAUUAUAUCCGUAAUUUUAAGGACUCUAAACAGUUUCAUUAUAAAUAAACUUUCUGGAGCGAAAUGGCACCUUACCAUUACCAAACCAUCGCAGGUCAUUCACAUGAUCUCUGUACCAUUAUAGUAUAAUAAUUAACGGUAUGUAUUAUUCUUAUACUAAUUUGUAUUAGCCAAUUGGAAUGAAUGAAGCUAUGCAAGGUCGUGAAGAAGAUAUAAGAGCAGCAACACAAAAUAAUGCGUUUCUAUAGCGAGAUAUUCCAUUAACUCUUAUAUAUAUGAACAAAAAUGAUAUUGAUUAUUAUUAGGCUAUGCUAUAAUUAUUACUAUUAUUAUUAAUUAGUUAUAUCUUGCAGAUGAUAAUUUAUCUCCGCCUAUUGCGAAUGUUAUAAGUUAUAUUUAAUUAAAAACGAGUUUUUUAAUAUGUAUGUAUUAAGUCGGGGGCUGCACCGUAAACGCAUGAUUAUGCGUAUAGCGGACCAAAGACGAGCCCUCUUAUCGAAACGUGCAGACGUGUUAUAUUAUAUAAUAUAUUAUAUAUGCAUGGGCUCUCACACGUACACAGCUGCAUACUCGUAAACGAGAAACACGAGAUCGGUUCUCAUUCUCGAGGUGAAUCGUAUCUGGUGCUGUUGAACUGCUUGUCGAUACGAUUAAUGCACUCCCCUCUUCUCCAAAACGCCAAAUCUGACAAUGAAACGACUGAAUUUUUUUUCAUUCGUCUCUUAUCGAUGCCUAUUUAAUGCAAAUAUGUCCGAUCCUGUUUAGAUUACAUUAUCAAUUUAUAGUGAAUAAUAUCGAACGCAUAUUAUUAUAUGCGUAAAGCACAUUCUAUUUACCGAUAACAAAUCAGAGAAAAGCUGGUGGAACAUGUGCUACUUAGAAAUCAGAUUUAUCUUUUUUAUCCAAUCUCAGUUUUCAUAUUUGUUAUUUGUAUCACUUUUACAGAUCAUACUUUUAGUUCUGUAUUUGAACGAGUGCAAUUUUCUUUUCCAAUAUGAGAUUAUGAAAGAGAUUAAUUUCAUGAUUUUUCAUCAACUUUUUUACAAUCAUUGCAUAUAUUAAAUCAUUUAUAUAUAACAGAAUAUUUUAAAUAUUUUAAAAUACAGCGCAGAUAAAUAGUAAUUAUACAGUCACACAUGUUCGUUAUUUUUUUAUAGCCAUAACAACAUUAUUCGGAAAUUUUGCAUUGAUCUUUACUUUUCAGUCAUGUAGAAAUUUGUAGAGUAUAAAAAAACAGAAAGUUAAUAAUAUUCUCAAAUAUCAAUUGGUGUGAUUAAUAUAUAUCUCUAUGUCUAUCCACAAUUGGAUCACAACUCUCUGCGUUGUAACUUUAAGACUGUGUUUCAUCUAGGCCAUCUAGGCGAAAAAGUGAAUAUAGGGAUGCAGGAUAUAAAAUAGAGGGAGAGGUGCCAGUAAAGACACUAUAAUACGAGUUUGCGGAUCGUGUGAAAAUGUACAAUAGACACAAUGUGAUUAUUAUGGUGGAUCAUAUGAGAGUCUUGCGAGAAAAGAAGCAAACGAAAAGAAAUACUAGAAAAUGGGACGGAAAGUAAAUGUUCUUCGGGCGUGCGAGAAGAAAUAUUGUGAGUGAGAGAACGUGAGAAAGUGAUCGCGGGAAGUGUGUAUAUCUGUAUAUAAAUAUAUACCGCGCGAUUAUAAAAUGAUUAUAUAACAAAUGGUAAAGCGAAUACAAAAAAUACUUGUUUUUAUAUCAGAUCUGUAUUAUAGCGGAAUAUUAUUCUGUAUUUUGUAAUCAGAACGGAAGCUAGGGAUGACGAACGAGUGUCUGUACGUGCGUGUAAUCGAGCCUUUAGGUUUUAAGCAUAAGUUUCUGUGACGAUCUAUCGUGGACCGGAGAAAUCGUACGGUCAGUUAUUUAGAAGAAAUUUCGAGAUUUCUUGCGUGUAGGUGCAAAGGAAUUCCGUUUGAUCCCAUUCGUAGUCGCUCGUGAUAUCAUUGAACGAUUUUAAUCUGUUUCGAUGCAAGCAACAAUCCGUGAUAAUUCAUGGAUGCGAUUUACUGCCAAUGAACGUAACGAGGCAUGAUUCGAUUAAUUUUGAUGCAUUAUGAAUCGCAUUAGAAAUAUUUUUUGAAAAUAAAUGUUAGUUGUCUUCUUAAUGUACAAUAACGAUAUUAAUGAAUAUUUUAGACAAUGCCACCAGAUAAAGGAAACUUUUUAUACGUCCUUUUUUAAAUUUUAUUUUAUGCAGGAGAGAGAGAGAGAGAGAUUUUUCCGUGUAUGUUAAAGAAAAAGCGCGAAACAAUGUCGUUUGUAGAGUUAUCGGGAAUUUCUAAGCAAUCACUUCGUUCCAAGCCACUGCCAUUUGAUGAGCAAUCUCGAGGUAGUUAGAAUUUGUUUUUGGAAUGAAUUGAUGUUUCUGAUGUCAAACGACGAUGCGUGAACUACUUUUGCUUCCAUUUCACUGCCAUUACUAUUUCGAACGACUGAACGUUAUGAUCAAAAAGAUCACAGUUACAAAGUUCGCCUAUGCGACAUAACGAAUAUCGAGAAAGAAGACAGAAUAGAUAGUAAUGCCUCGUUACGUCUCGCUAAAAGCCUAAGAAACGGGCGUGGGAUGGGGUCAAGGCGUAGUUAUCGUAGUUGACAAUGAAGUCGCUUGUGCGUACGAGAGGAGAGUAUAAGAUAAGAAUAAAUUCUCCUUCAUCAUUUGUUCCAGACCUCUAACUAUAUAUACAGCUUAAGCUUAUUCGUUUCCGCGGCAUCUGGAUUAAGAUGUGAUUUUUUAAUUCUCGAGUGGUCAUGAAAUUUCUCAUCUACGAUUAAUUGCAAUAGUGCAACAUAUUUGUCAAAAGUCAUCAUGUAUAUCAGAUCGAUAACGAUAAUGAGAAUGAACGAAAUUUUUCAAGAUCAUUGAGAUUUAUGUAUCUAUCUUAAUCCAGAGCUGCAUUAUUGUGACGCGAUGCACACACACACUACUCUAUCACUUGUACAUAAUGUUAGAGAGGAAAGAACAAAAAAAAAGAACAAAUCGAGAUUAUAUUUUUUCUAUCGAUCCAAAAACGUGGUGACCUAUCAACAUCGUGCAUCCAGGAUUAUUUAAGCGUAACUUCGUAUGUCCUUUGUACCGAUCAUUUCGCGAACGAUGAAUCGUUUUUUGAGAAGAGAAUCAUACUUUUUUUUUUAAUUCGAGAGCGUUACUUGGAUAUCACCGAACACCAAGUGACCCUUACGUUGAUGCCGUACCUUUGCUUUUAAUCGGUGCAACUUUGAGUGAUGUGUGUUCUUGAGAUAUAUCUCUUUAUUGUAAAUUAUUAUAACUGAGCAUGAUACUGACCAAUCGCGCCUGAACGUAGCUUCAGACUCUCUUUUCCCAAAAUGUCUAGAAUGCGGCGAGUGUUUUAAGGAUAUUAUAAAUAAAAGAAUUAUGAUUGUGAAUAUCUCUUGUGUUACGUUAAUGUGAUUAAAAGAGACAAAAACAAUGUAAAAAAACUAAAUAAAGCAUACAUUUUACA